UUAGGUGUAAAAUUAAAUAUGACAAAUAAAAAUAAAUCCAGCGGUGAUCAAACUCUACUGUCACCUUGAUAUUCUAACCUUCCAACUAUCAUCGCCCACAUGUUGACAGUCACACUGAGUGUCACCAUUAAACUCCAAAACUUCUCUCUGUUUUUUUUCUCAAGCUUUCUCCAAUGGCGGAUUACGAUGCCGCCCCAACCCAUCACCACCCAAACAAUCUGAUCCAAAAAGAAACUGCUCUACAAGCAAUCAACACAAUAAUCCAGCUCCAUUUCGAAAAAACUCUCGAGAAAAAACGAGCAAUCGAUUUACAAAAAAAGGAACUAUGGAAAAUGUUUCAACAUUUCUUCAUCUUUUUAUCACUCAUCUUCCUGGGUCAAGCUCUUUCUCCGAAGCUUCAAUGCCGACAUUGUUGGAUACCCAUUGGUCUUCUCUCGUUAUCCCAUCUGAUUUUCUACGUAUCUGUAGCCCAAACAUUGAGAUGCAUCAAUGGGUUUAAGUAUCAACGGAGAUGUCAUAAAUUAACAUUAGGGUUAGCUACAGAAAGGUUAAGGCAACUGAAGAUGAGGAUUAACAAUGGUGGGGUUGAAGAAAUUGGGGAUGAAUUUGAAAUACAUUAUCAAGAACCACCAGAGAGUUAUUUUGGUAAGUUUAAGAGGAAUUGGGCACUGCAUUUUGGGUUUUUGAUUUUUAUUUAUGGAUUUAUGGUUUCUUCAUCUGUUGUAAUACUCUGUUUUUGAGAUCUUCAAAAGAAAUGAACUUUCGUUAGGGUUUUGGGUGGGUGGAGGAGGGGCAAUUUUGGGAAUUUUGAUGGAAAAUAUGUGUUGUAAUUUUUCAAAAUAUUUGGAUGAAUUAUGGGUUGUGAUUUUUAUUUUA